GGGUGUUCCUCCCCAAGCAUCCUUCCGCGCCUAGCAGUGAUUCGCAGCAGAGGUGGCAAGGGAUGGGGCCUGUUGGUGUAGGGUAGUCCAGAUGCUACAGUACCACCUACUGAUGCCAUGACUCAGACGUUUCCAGCCCAGUAUCCACCGCCCCAGGCCCGACUCCCCCCACAAUACCAUCUUCACACCACCCCAUCUGAGUACCCAUCUCCAACUGCCCUGGAUCAUAGCCUGCGGAUCUUCCCUGAGCAGGGUACAACUGCAUCGGAUCCUCUACCAUUGCCUCCACCUCCUGCCCAAGCUGAAGAAGUCCCUGCACCUGAGCUAUCUCCUGAGACAGAGGAUGCAGAAAGUGAGGAGAAUAAAGCUCAGCCAAAGCGCUUACAUGUGUCCAACAUUCCCUUCCGCUUCCGUGACCCUGACCUGCGGCAGAUGUUUGGACAAUUUGGAAAAAUCCUCGAUGUGGAAAUCAUCUUUAAUGAGCGUGGUUCAAAGGGUUUUGGGUUUGUCACCUUUGAAAACAGCCAAGAUGCUGACCGGGCACGAGAAAAGCUAAACAGCAGUAUUGUUGAAGGGAGGAAAAUUGAGGUCAACAAUGCCACUGCCCGUUUAGUCACCAAGAAACCCCCAGUGGCACCUCUAGUGAAUGGCUGGAAGAUCAAUCCUGUAGUUGGUGCUGUCUAUGCUCCUGAUCUGUAUACAGUGGCAAGCAUCCCUUACCCCAUGAUGGCACCCGCUGCUUUGGCCUACCGUGGGACUCUGCGAGGGCGUGGCCGAGCCACUAUCUAUAAUCCCAUUCGAGCAGCACCUGCUCCCACUCCAGUUCCAGCCUAUGGCAGCGUGCUGUAUCCAGAUGGUCUAUACAGUUCUGACCUCUACGGUUAUCCUGCAGCAUACAGAGUGGCUCAGGCACCAGCAGCUGCAGCAGCCACAGCAGCAGCAGCGUACAGUGAUGGGUAUGGACGGGUUUACACUACUGCUGAGCCUUACCACCACGCAGUAACCCCUGCCUAUGGAGUUGGUGCCAUGGCCAGUUUAUACCGAGGAGGAUGCAAUCGCUUCACUCCGUACUGAAGGACCAAGCACUGGGGCUGAACAACCAGCAGAUGUCCGUCAGUCAAUAGCAUGGAUGAUGGGAUCCCUGUGUUGAGAACCUUGUCUCUCUGUGUGUGGGUGUGUAUGAGUCUGUGCAUGAAGGAGAGAAUUAGACCAUUGGUAUGGAUAUCUCCCACCCAGCAAUACUAGAGACUCAGGAAUUUUCCCUGAACCCAUAAGAAUUUUUAACAUUAUUCAUAAUUCGGGCUUCUUCUGUGUCUUCUGGUUGGGUAGAGACUAGCAGGUGCGCAGCACACCAAAUCAAAAUGCAGAUGAAACAGCAGACACACAAUCGUAGCUAAGUUAUGGGUCUUGAGCUCCACAGGUAUCCUAUUUCAGUUAGACUUUGGUAAGCCACAUUUGGGAUUUGGGAACUCCAUUUUAUUUCUUGAACGCUAUCCAAAAAUUCUCUCAACCAUAAGUAGAGAGGCUUCCAGACUUUGUAUUGGAUCUGGUGGCAUUUUUAAAAUCUGAACUGAGGCUCUUGUUACGGCCUCAGAUAAGGAACCGUGGGAUGGGAGCACUACAGUUUCACCUGAUCAAAUGUUCAAACACUGUAAAAUAAUUGAUUUCCAAACAAUCAAAACAAUAGAUUUAUACCAUUUACACUAACACAGUUUCCACAGGAAACCUGGGAACUGUUAUUGGAAGUGAUUGAAAAUAGCCAGUCCAAACCCUCUUAUGUUAUACUUCCCACAGCUCCUGAGGGAGAAGGCAAGUUAGUUUUCCAGCUGAUCUCCAGAGGUGACAUGGAGCAAAAAUGGAAAAUAUGGCACUCUUGAAGUUGUUGGAUUCCAGCUCCCAAACAUCUCUGGCCAUCACCUGGGAAUUAUCUGGAAAAGCCCAUCUGGUGGGUCAUAUGGUCCCUGCUUCUGCCAUGUCACUUAGAUUCUUCUGCAAUUCUCUGCUUUCUCCCCACACUACCUGUCCUUUUCCUGCGCCUUGACUGCUCUUUUAUAUUUUUCUCCUUCAUGCUAGUUCUCACUCGCCUCUCUUUUUUGUGUGUGUGUCCUUUCUUGUAUUUCCAAUCUGCUUUGGGUAUCAGCUCAGUAGCUGAAACAAGGUUCUUAUUCUCUGUAAAAAUGAAAAUCAAGUUUUUGCUUACAAAUGUUCGCUAUUUUUAUUCAAUUAUGAAAAUACAUCAACACAUUUCAGAUGUGCUUUCUCCCCGGGAUGUCCAGGAUGUAGAAGAAACAGUUCUGUUUGCAAGAGUGAUGCAACUUUACUUGCCUCAAGAGAAAAUAUCCUUUUCCAAGAGGCAACUACUAAACAAACUGGCAGUACUUUUUUCAAUACCUCUCUUUGCAAAAUUUUUUUUUUUUUUGUCUGAGUUGAAGAGCAAACUACUCCCAUCUCCCCAUUUUCAACUGACUGGGCUUGGAGAAACAUCUUUUAAUAUUGGCAAUAAGAUGCAUCCUCCAUUCAUAUUAAGGUCACAGACUUCCUUACUGGGAUCAGGGCCAGCUAUAUGGCUUUGCAUUCAAACAUUUUGUCAUUGUUUCAGUAUAUCCGACAUGCAUCAGUUGGAUCAUAUUUCGGCUUCAAGUUAGGCUGGCCCUGUUGCAUCAGUUCAACCCAUCUGUACAGUAUAUGGGAAAGCAUGCAUAUGUACAGUGUGUGCAUUAUACAUUGUAUAUCCACCACUGCACCAGAGCCAAGGUGGCGCAGUGGUUAAAUGCAGCACUGCAGGCUACUGCUAGAU